ACAGCUGGCCCCAGUCCCCCGCCUCGGCCUGGUUGCUUGUUCCGCUCGGCUGCGGCUCUUCUCGCUCAGCGCGGGCGAGCGGCAGGGUUGGAGAUGGCAGCCGCCCUGCAGCGCGUCGAACGGCUGUCCAGUCGGGUGAUUCGCGUCCUGGGCUGUAACCCGGGCCCCAUGACCUUGCAGGGCACCAACACCUACCUGGUGGGGACCGGCCCCAGGAGAAUCCUCAUUGACACUGGAGAACCAGCAAUUCCAGAAUAUAUCAUCUGUUUAAAGCAGGCUCUGACAGAAUUUAACACAGCAAUCCAGGAAAUCAUAGUGACCCAUUGGCACCGUGAUCAUACCGGAGGCAUAGGAGAUAUUUGUAAAAACAUCAAUAACGACAGUACAUACUGCAUUAAAAAACUCCCACGGAAUCCCGAGAGAAAAGAAACUGUAGGAGAUGGAGAGCAACAGUAUGUUUAUGUGAAAGAUGGAGAUGUGAUUAAGACUGAAGGCGCCACGCUAAGAGUUAUAUACACACCUGGCCACACUGAUGAUCAUAUGGCCCUACUUUUAGAAGAGGAAAAUGCCCUCUUUUCUGGAGAUUGCAUCCUAGGGGAAGGCACAACCAUAUUUGAAGACCUCUAUGAUUAUAUGAGCUCCCUAAAAGAGUUAUUAAAAAUCAAAGCUAAAGUUAUAUAUCCAGGACAUGGCCCAGUAAUCCAUAAUGCCGAAGCUAAAAUUCUACAAUACAUUUCUCACAGAAAUAUCCGAGAACAGCAAAUUCUUACAUUAUUUCAUGAGAACUUUGAAAAGUCAUUCACAGCAAUGGAUCUUGUAAAAGUUAUUUACAAGGAUACUCCUGAGCAUUUACAUAAAAUGGCCGAACAUAACAUCUUACGUCAUUUGAAAAAAUUAGAAAAGGAAGGAAAAAUAUUUAGCAACAUGGAUCCUGAGGAGAAAUGGAAAGCUCAUCUUUAGUUUCAGCUUAAAGAAAGAUUUUGUUGUUUUGUUUUUAGAGAAUGGUAUGUUUUGUUAACUAUUAAUUAUUUACAGAGAAUAUAGCAUGUGGAACGUUGAAAAUAAUCCUAAGUAUACUUUAAAAUAACAUCAUACUUAUUCUAAAGUAUGUAAAUUACAUGUUGCACCUAUAAUAUUAGCUAUUUGUCUCACCUAGGUCUUAAAACAUUUUACCAAAAAUUCAAAAUCCAACAGUUUAUCCAUUUUCAAUACAUAAAAUAAGUUUCUUUUAAA